UUUUCCCUCAUUCAAAGAGAGAGACCGUCUUCUUGUCUUCAUCGUCAAUAUCAUCACUUGAUUAGUAUUUCAGCUCCUCCCUCCAUUCUUCAUAGUAUAAUCUGUUGCUUAUCCUGUUCCCUGGAGUCUCAUUUCUGUGACAAGCUAAGGUCGGGGUAGAACGCAUGAAAUGGAGGCUCUAAUCCAAGAACUCUUUACCACAUCAAAUGAUUUGGUCUACAAUCACCACUCUAAACCAGUGGAUCCAAGGUAUAUAAGUGGGCAAAGAUUCUUCAGUCUUAGUAGUAGUAGUAGUAGUUUCUUGGUAAAUAACAGCCUUGUCCAGAACGAAUCUGCUACAAAAGAGGAGGAAGAGGAGGAUGGUGAAGGGGACUCCCCAGCUGCCACUCUAAAGUACAUAAGGCAGAUGCUAAUGGAGGAAGAUGACUUGGAGAACCAGCCUUGCAUGUUCAGGGACUGCAUGGCUCUCCAAGCCACUGAGAAACAUUUAUCUGAUGUGCUCAACGGUAUAGACAGCCCGCCUGACGUUUUUUCACGCAGUGAUCAUCUGAGUAACUCUUUGUCCAGUGACUCGAGCCCAUUUGAGAGCCAAAACAGCCUGUUAUCUCUGGCAAGCAGAGGAGGAGUGGAGGAGACUGAUAGAGACGAUUCACCUUUAAACGGAAAAAGAAACCACGAAAAUUCAUCGUCCGAAAUUGAUUCUGCAGAAAACCAGAGGAACAACAAGCAACUGGCAGCAGGUUAUUUGGAAGAACCCGAGCUGUUAGAUGAUACAUACUACGACGCCCUUUUCUGUCCCUCUAAGAAAGUAGACAAAUCUGAAUUCAAGGCAGGAGGUAGAAACCGGCGUGGGAAAAAGAAAGCAGAAACCAAAAAGGAAUUUGUGGAUCUCAGAGGCUUGCUCACCCAAUGUGCACAGUCCAUGGCCAAUUAUGGCAUCAGGGCAGCUAAUGAGACUCUUAAGAAAAUAAGGCUGCACUCUUCUCGCCAUGGCAAUGAAACUGAGAGGAUGGCCUUUUACCUUGCUAAUGCGCUCGAGGCAAGAUCAAAUGGAACGGGGACAUCAUUGUACGCAUCUAACCAUCCCAACAAUAACUCCGCUGCAGAUAUCGUGAAAGCUUACCAGAUGUAUUUCAACGCAAUCCCCUUCAAGGUAGUGUCAGGUAUGAUUGCAAACAGACACAUUAGGAAGCUUACAGCAGGAGGAGCUACCAGUCUGCAUAUCAUAGAUUUUGGUAUUCUGUAUGGUUUUCAAUGGCCAUGUCUCAUCCAAGGCCUCUCAAUGAGGCCCGGUGGGCCUCCAACGCUUCGAAUUACUGGGAUAGAUUUUCCUCAGCCCGGGUUCCGUCCUGAAGAGCGGGUCAAAGCCACUGGUGUUCGACUGGAAAAGUACUGCAAGAGAUUCAACGUUCCAUUUGAGUUCAAAGCCAUAGCAAGGAAAUGGGAAAGUAUAACACUCGAAGACCUUGAGAUCAACAGGGAUUGUGAUGUGCUGGUUGUCAACUGUUCAGACAGGCUAGGGAACGUGUUGGAUGAGACGGUGGUGCCAAACAGCCCCAGGGACAUGGUACUCAAUCUGAUCAAGAACAUCAAUCCAGAUAUGUUCACCCAUGGGAUUGUAAACGGGACCUACAAUGCCCCGUUCUUUGACUCGCGUUUUAGGGAGGCACUCUUUCACUUUUCCUCACUGUUUGAUAUGUUUGAGGUGACUGUGCCGAGUGAAGACAAGGACAGGUUACUCUUUGAGGAAAUGGUGUUUGGCACAGAAUUGCUAAAUGUGAUAGCUUGUGAAGGAACACAGAGAGUAGAGAGGCCAGAGACAUACAAGCAAUGGCAAGCACGAAGCCUUAGGGCUGGAUUCCAGCAACUGCCACUUGAUCAAGAGAUUGUCAAGUUAGUAAAGGAGAAAGUGAAAUUGGAUUACAACAAGAACUUCUCUGUGGAAGAAGAUGGGAACUGGUUGUUGCAAGGAUGGAAAGGAAGGGUGCACCAUGCUGUCUCCUGUUGGAAGCCUAAUAACAACUAGUGAUUUUGUUUUUUUUUUGUUUUAAACCGAAUUAAGGCUUGUCCAUUAUUCUUAGUAAUAUAGAAUAAAGCUUUAUCAUUCCAUUAAGUUGGUAAUAUGAAACUUCCUGUUUAAUUAACUUAUCAUAAGAUGGUCAUAUAGUCGAAGCCUCAAAAGUAGGACUUUUAACUCUUGGAAGUUAGAACGCCAAAGUACUCAAGAAUCC